GUCAUUUAACUAAAGAACGGGGUUGGUUCCUGUGCAGGAUUUAAGGCGCGUUCGUGCAUGGUGUCAGAGUGCUGACGCGAAGCUCCCAGCGAAAUUUACUAUUUAUUGUUGUCUACGUUAGAAAGGAGGCCUUGAAACCAUCGAAUAUACUGUGUAGUUUCACUGAGCUUGUAGCUAUAAAAUGUCAAGCCCUAAGAAAGAAAAUCUUCCAAAAGUAUCUCCAGCCAUCAAGGUUGAAUUAACCAAUUUUGAUUCAACAAAGAUGAAGCACACUGAAACCAGAGAAGCAGUUUCUCUUCCUUCUAAAGAAGAUGUUGAACAAGAGAAAGCACACAACACAUUACUGCAAAAUGUGGAGGGAUUUCAGCGUUCUACACUUCACCACACUCAGCCUCAGGAGAAAAUUCACCUUCCCAGUGCUGAAGAGAUUGAACAAGAAAAAGGUCAACAGCAACUGUUAGAAGGGAUCAAGGGCUUUGAUACUACUAAGAUGAAGCAUGCAGAAACAGAAGUGAAAAAUCCAUUACCAACCAAAGAUGUGAUUGACCAAGAAAAAGCCAGCAACUAGAUUAACCUAGCUUGCUGUUCUCUUGCAAGAGAAUCUCACAACUGUCUUACUUACAAUGAGUCUCAGAAAGAAAGCGGAAAUUAGACUUCAUAGGGUCUACCAAACUUGUGAAGAAAUUACAUGAUUCUGAAGAAAAUAAUAAUAAGGGUGAACUACUCUAGCAAAAUUUAAAUAAUUUCUUAUCUCCACUAAUGCAAAUUGUGCUGUUUAUUAAACAUAUCAACAAAUAAAAUAAAAAAUCAUAAAAAAUACCAAUAUUUAACUAACCAGUAAUCUUACUAAAUGCAGUUUUCAUCUUAAACCACAAUGAAAGAAAUAAGAACUAGCUUGUGAAAAAUACCAUCCAUAUUUAAGGUUUAUAACUGUACGCAAACAUACAAGUUUUGUUUUAUAAUUUCAAUCUCUUGUAUCCAUUCAAUAAUCCAACAUUGACAUUUCUGGUUUUCUUACUAAUGAUCAAUAUAUAUAUUUUUACAGGGACCAUAAUGUAUUACUGUUGGACGUUGUUAUGUCAGACUUGUUUACUUUCAAUAUGUGACUAAUGCUGAAAUUGGAAUUCUGUCCCAUCUGUUUCCUUUAACAUUUAUUCUCUCAAAUACCCUAUUUUUAUCAUGGAUCAAAACAAAGAUUAGGGUCCUGGAUCGGCUACCUCAGUACUCUGAUAAUCUCGGGAAAAUUCCCAAAGUCCCUGGCACUUCAACAUACUGAUGUUCAACUGUAUUUCAUUAUGAAUGAAAGUGGGCAUUUGCGUUAGUAUUUAGAUAUGCUUUUAUUCAUCUUCCUCUGUAAUGCUUCAACUAGUCCAAAAAUAUCUGAUACUAAUAAAUUGAGUUGUUAGGUUGUUUUCAUUGCAAACAAAUGUGGAGUCGGAAAAACUAUCAUAAUUAUAUUCCAUUUCUUAAAAAAAAAAAAAA